AUGGCUACAUGGACUGAGAAGUACCUGGCAGCCUUGCAGGCCAGAGACACAAGGGAGAAAGCCAACCUUGACCUGUACAAUUACUGCACCAAGCUGGGAGACGAAAAUGCUGAGCUCCAGGCAAAACUCAAGCAAGCGCCAGCAGAAGACCCGGACCCAGCGGUGUCCGCACCGCCGUCCCUAGUAGGGCGAGGGCUGCGCCGAGUCACUUCACCGGCAUCAGCAUCAGGCACAGCCACAGCGGCAGAACCAGCCAAUGUCACUGCACAAUUUCGCCAGGACCUGGCCAAAGCCCAACAAGAGCGUGGUGAUCUCCAAACCCGACUGGACGCCGCAUUGAGAGAGCUCGAAGCCCUCAAGGGCAGAGGCAGAGUCGACGGCAAACGCAUGCUCCAGCUGAACGCAAGCUUGUCCCAGCUCACCAUCAAAUUGAAAGACCGCGAAGAGGAACUGAGGGGCAAGGCCAAGUUGAUCGAGAAUGUCCAGGAUGAGAAUGUGACUCUGAAUCUCCAACUCAACAUGGCUGAGGAGCAGUCCGGCAAGCUGAAGAAGGAGAAUAAGGAGCUCGUGGACCGCUGGAUGGCGAGGAUGGGCAAAGAGGCCGAUAGGAUGAAUGAAGAACACAAGUUUGGCUGA